UCGCCUCUCCUCGCCUCUCCUCGCCGCGGGGAAGGCGCGGGAGGCGGCGCUGUGGCCGGCACGGCCGGUUUGGGGUUGCGGGAGGCGGGCGGGGGAGGAGCACGACGGACGAGCGGGCGGGCCGGCCCGGCCGGGCGUAGAACGUUGCCUCAAACCCGGCUCUGUGCGCCCAGGGGCGGCUGAUGCCCCCGGCGCUCCCCACUCCGCUGCCGCAGCCGGGCCGCAUCGGGACGGGGCGCCGCCGCACGGCGGAGCCGACGCCGGGUCACGAUGCUGCUCGGAGCGUCUUUGGUCGGGGUGCUGGUGUUCUCCAGGCUGGUGCUGAAGCUGCCCUGGACACAGGUGGGAUUUUCCCUUCUACUUCUCUACCUGGGCUCUGGCGGCUGGCGCUUCAUCCGAGUCUUCGUCAAAACCAUCCGACGGGACCUAUUUGGUGGCCUGGUGCUCCUGAGAGUGAAGGCGAAGGUGCGGCGGUACCUGCAGGAGCGGGCGACUGUGCCCGUGCUGUUUGCUGCUACCCUCCGGCGCCAGCCCGACAAAACGGCCCUGAUCUUCGAGGGCACCGACACUCACUGGACCUUCCGCCAGCUAGAUGACUACUCGAGCCGCGUGGCCAACUUCCUGCAGGCCCGGGGCCUGGCCUCAGGCGAAGUGGCUGCCCUCUUCAUGGAGAACCGCAACGAGUUCGUGGGCCUGUGGCUGGGCAUGGCCAAGCUGGGCGUGGAAGCGGCGCUCAUCAACACCAACCUGCGGCGCGAUGCCCUGCGCCACUGCCUCACCACCUCCCGUGCACGGGUCCUCAUCUUUGGCAGCGAGAUGGCCCCAGCUGUGUGUGAAAUCCAUCCCAGCCUGGACCCCUCCCUCAGCCUGCUGUGCUCCGGCUCCUGGGAACCCAGUGCCGUGCCCGCUGGCACAGAACACCUGGACCCCUUGCUGGAGGCUGCCCCCAGGCACCUGCCCAGUCGCCCUGACAAGGGCUUCACAGACAAGCUCUUCUACAUCUACACGUCCGGCACAACGGGAAUGCCCAAAGCUGCCAUUGUGGUACACAGCAGGUAUUACCGUAUGGCCGCCCUGGUAUACUACGGAUUCCGCAUGCGGCCCAACGACAUCAUCUAUGACUGCCUGCCCCUCUACCACUCAGCAGGGAACAUCGUGGGAAUUGGCCAGUGCCUCAUCCACGGCAUGACCGUGGUGAUCCGCAAGAAGUUCUCAGCCUCUCGCUUCUGGGACGAUUGUAUCAAGUAUAACUGCACGAUCGUGCAGUACAUCGGUGAGCUAUGCCGCUACCUCCUGAACCAGCCCGAGCGAGAGGCUGAGACCCAGCACCAGGUGCGCAUGGCCCUGGGCAACGGCCUCCGGCAGUCCAUCUGGACCAACUUUUCCAGCCGGUUCCGCAUCCCCCAGGUGGCCGAGUUCUACGGAGCCACUGAGUGCAACUGCAGCCUGGGCAACUUUGACAGCCAGGUGGGUGCCUGUGGCUUCAACAGCCGCAUCCUAUCCUCUGUGUACCCAAUCCGACUGGUCCGCGUCAAUGAGGACACCAUGGAACUGAUCCGGGGACCGGAUGGCGUCUGCAUUCCCUGCCAGCCAGGCGAGCCAGGCCAGCUGGUGGGCCGCAUCAUCCAGCAAGACCCCCUGCGCCGUUUCGAUGGCUACCUCAACCAGAGUGCCAACAACAAAAAGAUUGCCAAGGACGUCUUUAAGAAGGGGGACCAGGCCUACCUCUCUGGUGAUGUGUUGGUGAUGGAUGAGCUCGGAUAUGUGUACUUCCGGGACCGCACAGGAGACACGUUCCGCUGGAAAGGGGAGAACGUCUCCACGACUGAGGUGGAGGGCACGCUCAGCCGCCUGCUGGACAUGGCCGACGUGGCGGUGUACGGCGUCGAGGUGCCUGGCACUGAGGGCCGGGCUGGAAUGGCGGCCAUUGCCAGCCCUGUUGGCGCCUGCGACUUGGAGCACUUCGCACAAGUACUUGAGAAGGAACUGCCCCUGUACGCCCGCCCCAUCUUCCUGCGCUUCCUGCCCGAGCUGCACAAGACAGGGACCUACAAACUCCUUAAGACAGAGCUGCGGAAGGAGGGCUUCGACCCGGCUGUCGUGAAAGACCUGCUGUUUUACCUGGACGCUCGCCAGGGCCGCUAUGUUCCCCUUGACCAGCAGGCCUACACCCGCAUCCAGGCGGGCGAAGAAAAGCUGUGAUUUGCCCCCCUCCACAUCCCUCUGAGGAUUCUGGGCGAGGCCAGACCAAAGCAAGCUGGGCCUGGCACCUCCACCCUAAGGUGCUGACCCCUCCCCCCACCACUGCCAAGGGACUCACUGCCGCCUCCCUGCCUGCCAGCCUAUGGAGGUUUUCCGUGAAAGCCUCCUACGCAGGCUCCAUCUCUUAGGCCAGAAAGGCCCUCCUCUGGACAGUGUCUCGAGUCAGACAGGGCAGGGAGUGAUCCUGCCCCAAGUGGGGGAGAACAGAGAGCUUGGCAAUGGGACCAAGGCGGAGGCUCCCAGACUCAGCCCGCCAAGUGGGCAUGGGCAGUGGUGGGCACUGAGUGAGUGAUGGGAAUGCCAACCCAAAGCCACCUCGCUUACCCCUGGCCUGCUCCCAGUUCUGGGGUACAAGAAGAUCCCAUAUGGGCCCCAACAUCCCCCUGUCCAGCAAGAUGUUGGGACGGA